UCCCUUUCUCCCUCUUCCCAAUUCGCUUCUGUAUUUCAAAGUCCUCCUAAAUUUCCUGACCUCGUCGUCUUUAUCAUCAUCGUGGGUGAGAGCGACAGAACGCCAUUAACAGAACGAGACGACUCGACCAGAUCUGAGAGGAAAGAGAGGCUUAUUCUUCUUCUUCAACCUUCAACAGUGAGAGCUGGAACAAGAGCCAUUUUCUACUGCAAGAAAAAUGCCAGCCCAAGAGAAAUGGAGAGAAAAUUGUGAACUUAGUUUUCAUGUAAUUGAGGGAAGAAGAUCUGGCAGAAAUUGGGAAGAAAUCAUCAGAUCUGGCUGGAUAAGAUCAUCAUCAGAUCUGUAUCUUGUUGCCCUCUAAUCUCCAUCACCAACUUCUAGCUUGCCACAUCCGGUCUGCAUUUUUCUUUCAAAUGAUAUCUGCCUCCUGCUGUGAAAGCAUUUUGUGGAACUGGGUCCCCAUUCAAAGCUUCCUGUUACUGAAACGUUUCUUUGAUAUCUGAAGAAAAGAGGUGCCUGAGUAAUAUAUCUACUUUUUGAAGAACAAUAGAUUUGACACACUAGGUGUGAGAAUCGUUAUAUAGAAGCAUGAGGUUCCUGAUCUUUAGUUUGCUAAGGUUACCAAUUGGAGUGCUAAUGUUAUUACUGUUAUGUCUUGGAAACAUCGGCAACUCUGUGGCACAUUUGUCAUCUUCAUCUGAAUCCACAUUGCAUACGAAUGAUUGGGCUGUUUUAGUCUGCACAUCACGAUUCUGGUUUAAUUAUCGACACAUGGCCAAUACACUUUCCUUAUAUAGGACAGUUAAGCGGUUAGGAAUUCCUGACGAGAGGAUAAUACUCAUGCUGGCAGAUGACAUGGCAUGUAAUGCUAGAAACAAAUACCCUGCCCAGGUUUUCAAUAAUGAAAAUCAUAAGCUUAAUUUGUAUGGGGACAAUGUGGAGGUAGAUUAUCGUGGCUAUGAAGUGACAGUGGAAAACUUUUUACGAGUUUUGACGGGUCGUCAUGAGGCUGCUGUUCCAAGGUCUAAGCGUCUUCUAAGUGAUGAAGGGAGUCAUGUACUUUUGUAUAUGACUGGGCAUGGAGGUGAUGAAUUUUUGAAAUUUCAGGACUCUGAAGAGCUCCAGAGUCAUGAUUUAGCUGAUGCUGUAAAGCAAAUGAAAGAGAAGCGUAGGUUCAAGGAGCUAUUGAUAAUGGUGGACACUUGCCAAGCUUCAACUCUCUUCUCACAGCUUCAUUCCCCAGGUGUUUUGGCUAUGGGAAGCAGCAUGAAAGGAGAGAAUUCAUAUUCACAUCACUUAGACCCAGAUGUUGGUGUUUCUGUUGUGGAUCGUUUCACAUAUUAUACUCUAGCCUUCUUUGAGAGGCUAAAUAUGUAUGAUAAUGCCUCCUUGAGCAGCCUUUUCAAUUCAUUUAAUCCAAAUUUGUUGAUGUCAACCGCAUAUCAUAGAAUGGACCUAUAUCAACGUAGUUUGGAGGAGGUACCUGUGACCAACUUCUUUGGUUCUGUAAUGGAAACAUUACAUACUGAUUCAGCAUACAGUUCCCACAGGAGUAUAGACGUUGGAGAAGCCAAAAUUAAAAUUUGCACAGAUCAACCAAUCUCUGGGAGCGACAGAAGAAUUUUGAGAAACAUGAAUAACAAGGAUCAAGUUAGUAGUAACUUAAGCACUAAGGAAAAUUCACGGCAUAGCUUUGGACAACUCUGGAAUUCUAUUCUCAGCAAGUCGACCACACCUGAAAACGUUGAUGCAUUUGUGUGCCACUCCCUUCUUUUAAUGCUUCCUUUGUUGGUAGUUUCCACAUGGCUAUCACGCUAAAGGGCUGGAACAACGAUUUUGAAGUUGCUUAUGCAUGCCUUUAAUGUUAUGGUUGCUGGGUAUGCGAUUUUCUAGGAAAAUGCUUAUAACCGAUGGUUUCACACUGGGGUUGAAUUCAGAGGAAGCUGCCUCAUGGUUUCAACCUAUUGGUUUGUCAUUUUUUGUCGCCCUGUUCAUGCUGUGGUGCGACCCUGUUGUUCUGGUUAUGCAUAGUUCAAAUGGUGUUUUUUGUAUCUGUUUUUAAUUGAAAUGGAAUUCAAUGGACAUAUGAUCAGAAGAUUCACUUGAAGCACUUAGAGUUUCAAACUAUUAUUCCCUUGGGCCCCGAUAAGAAGCUAGAACAGCCAUGUUGGUUUUGUCUGUUUUUCAUUGUAAAAUUUGAUGUUCACGGUGGGAGCAGGUAAACUUCUAUGAUCGUACAUUUUCUAGUGAAAAUUUCUUGAUGUGAAGUAAA